ACAUCCUGUUCCUGUGGCGCAGACGAAGGUGCGUAUUUGUCCUAACAGCAAAACAGCGGCUAUGGAGACAUGCACCUCAAGAUAAGCCAAAAUAUUUUGUUUAGUAUGGAGCUUUUUGUGUCACAAAAUUCAAAAUAAUGACAGUACCUGAAAGUCACCAGUUAGACAAUCUGCCACAUAUAUGUGAUAAUUUAACUGUAGAUCUUGAAAAGUGUUUAUACUUCAGACUUGACUGCUUGUGCAACUUUUUGGAGUGAUAUAACUAAAUGACUGUCCUUGAAAAUGAGUCGCAAAGGCAGUGCAGAUCUGAGAACCAUCCCCCACACUCGUAUAAAUGAUGAGAGCUGGAUAUGGGAAAACUACGAACCAGGAGAGAAAAUUGGACAGGGCACAUUUGGGAAAGUGUUCAAAGUCAAACACAAAGAGACGGGAAAGUACUGGGCCAUCAAGGUCAUCAAUAAAGAAAAGGCGGGUGGACCAGUGAUCAAGUUGCUGGAGAGAGAAGUGGGAAUUCUGAAACGUGUUCAACAUGAACAUAUCAUCAGCCUCAAUGAAGUGUUUGAAACUGCCAAGAAAAUGUACUUGGUGAUGGAGCUGUGUGAGGGAGGGGAGCUAGCUGAUGCAGUGAAGACCAGGGAACGGAUCAGUGAGGAGGAAUGCAAGAUCAUCAUGACAAGACUCGCGAACGCCAUCUCCUACCUCCAUAAAAACGACAUAGUUCAUAGAGAUUUGAAAUUGGAGAACAUCCUGCUGGCUUUGAAUCCAGAAAACACUGAUGAUAAACUUUAUAUCAAGGUGACAGACUUUGGACUCUCAGUGGUGAAAGGGGGUACCGGUCACGAUAACAUGAUGCAGGACUUUUGUGGGACUCCUAUAUAUAUGUCCCCAGAAAUUAUAGACAACAAAACGUAUAGCCAAAAUUGUGAUGUUUGGGCAAUGGGUGUUAUAUUAUAUAUCAUGUUAAGUGGAAGCCCACCUUUUAAAUCAAAAGAUGAAGACUCGUUAUACGAUCUAAUAAAGAAAGGAGAGCUGGAUUACAGUGAUGAGAUUUGGACCACCAUCAGUGAUAGUGCUAAAUCUUUACUGGAGAAAAUGAUGAGGGUUGACCCGGCUCACAGACUGACAGCCACAGAAAUGUUACAUCACCCGUGGAUUACGGGAAAUGAUCAAGAGUCGACCAAUGUGUUGGAGCUGAUGAGGAUGUUCCACCAGGAGCAGAGUCAGAAGACGGAGGACAGUGCAAUAAACGGGGACCUCAGUGAGCUCAAUAUGGAGGACUCGGAGAGCAACGCCGUGAAGAAUGGAAAUGCAAGAAAGGGAUCAGGAGGAGUUAAAAAGCCUGGUUCAGGAGGCAGAUCAGGGCCUUCAACUUCAAGACAAAGUAGUCAGAGUAACUCUCAUUCCAAACCUUCAACAUCCACACCUUCCAAAAUAAGUGCCAAAACACACACCCCUACAAACAAUAGACUGUCAGUUAACCACAGGGCCACGCCCACUCCAUCAGGAAAGGGGCGGGGCACCCGGAAAUGACCAGUAUUAUGAAGAUAUAUAAGCCAUGAGCAGAGUGCCAGUGAAUGUCGACAUGUGUUUCUCAGAAUUUAAACUGUGGCCUGGUGAGAAAGAGAAUGUUGACAUAUGUAACUCCACAACAUCCUGUUUAUCCUGCUACGACAUUCUUGUUUCCUGUGGGCCGAGAGAACAAUGUAGACAGCUCUGAGAAACUGUUGUAGAGUUUAUUUUUUUUUUGUAUUGUUAUUCGAAACUUUGGAAAUAAUGCGAUACUGCUUGAUUAGUAGUAUUUUGAGUUUAAAGGCCACUGCUGAUUGUGAAUUCCGUCCAACUGUCUGCCUUGUUUAUUUUAUUUUUUACCCCAGUAUUAUGUAGAUGCUGUCCUUGUAUAUUUUAUUGCAUGUUAAGAUCCAUGAAUUUAUAGGGCAUUUUCAAGACACUUUAAAAGUGCUAGGAUCCCAUUUAGUUACACAAAUGAUAUUUAGGUUACUAAAAUUAAAUUUAGAUGUGAACUUGAGAAUACUAAUUAUUAAUGUGAACUGCAUUUUCAAUCAAGGCCCUUGAGAAAUAUGCAAGAAUGUAUUACAAAAAAAAAAAACAACCAAUUUCAGGGAUCUUUGAAUAUACUUUGAUGUGUCAUCAUAAAUGAUAUGUUUGUUACCUUCUUUGUAACAUGGAUGUGUGUGUAAACAAAGAAACUUAAAUAACAACUUUCAGUUCCAUUUUAUAGAUAAAUUUAUAUUAAUUACUAUUUUAAGUUACAUUGCGCACCUGGUGGACAUGCAACAAAUUCUGAAAUGAUGAUGUUGUAAAUGCUUUUGUAUCUCGACAUGCAAAAGCAUAUUACAUGUUCGGGCUUGCUACACUAUCAUUACUUACAGCCUGUCUUUGAUGGGUUUUUUAGGAGGUGGGGGGUAUAUACAAGUGCUAAAUAUGAGAAAAGGGUUGAAUUUUUUUUUUUCAACAAAAAGUAUUUAAAUAUAUGGUAGUGGGGGCCUUGAAGUUUGAAUCUUAAGAUGUUAUUAGAUUUCAAAAUGUUCUGUAAAAAGUGGAUCUCUUGGAAAUGAACAUAUACAUGUAUGUUGUUUUUUUGUUGUUUUUUUUAUAGAAGAGUACAAUAUAUUAAAGUGCCUAUUGAAUUCUGCUUCUUUUUAUCUCUGUAUUAAUUGAUUUAUGUAUUAAUGAAUGAAGUAGUGACUUUUAUUUCAAAUAUUGCAAUUUUUAGAGAGAAAGUAUUUUAUAAAGAAUAUUUAAAAAAAAAACUUGCAUAGGAUUGCCUUCUAAGUGACUGUGUGUUGCAUUAACACUUAUGUCUUACAUAAAUCUACCUUCUGAUACAUCCCAGUAAAGACCUGUCUGGUUUUUGUGCCAAACAUAUCACACCAGGGUGUUUUAAUAUUCUUCAGUUCAUUUGGAGUGUGUUGUUUGUGUGUGUGUGUGAAAACCACUCUCUUCCCCUUAUGUAUUCUGUGUGUGCGUGCCUUUUUUUAAAUUUCUUUAUUGUAAAUAUCCUUGUUAAUGUAUUGUCUUGCCAUUCUUUUUUUAGUUUGUGAUGUUUAUUAUUUGUGUGUGUUUAUCAAGCAGAUGUGAAAAAUGUACUUGUAUACAUUCCACUCUGUUUCACUUUAAUUUCAUUUUUGAAAUAUUUUACAGUGUGCAUUAUUGAGAAUUUAAACUCACCGUAUAUAAUUUUGUUCAAUUCGGGUAGAAUUUUUCUCGUCAUGGAUACAUCCUGUUUCUGCAUUUCAUUUUUCGGAUUAUUGUCAACUUAUGCGGGAAUAUAUCUACAGUGUACUUAAAUUAUAACAUUUGUAUUUUGAUUUUUAUCAAAAUUUGAAUGUCUUUUGUUGAUGACAAUUUUUGUAUUUUUACACAUAUUGCCUACAAAGUGACUGAUUUGAAGCCAGAUUCACUUGAAACUGUUGAAACUCUGCCUUCUGUUGUCUACAGCUGUUGAUGGUCUGGAGAUAUAUUGUGUGUAGUAAGUUGAAGAACAUAUCAUUUAUGUUUGUUUUGACAUUUUUGUGCGAUAAAUUUGCUCAUUAUCUGAAGGGGAUGAAACGCUUGAUGAAGUAUGAAUGCAUUAAAUUUACAGGCCCUCUAGAUUGAGUGUAGCACCACUAUGUGGGAGAACAUCGAACAGAAACAAGCCUUAGUUUACAUUGCUAUGCUCUUCAUAUACUCUGGUUUUGCUAUCUUUUAUGGGCAUGAAUGUCACGGUAUUGCAAAUAAAGUAACUUAGUUUUGUGGGUACAUAAUUUAGAGGACAACUUCAUUGCUUUUUUCCCCUCAUAGAAUAAAAAGAAAAACAACACAAAAAAACAAGAAAGUACAUAUAACUAAAUUAUUUGAGUUUAAGAAAAUUUUAGUGUUUGAUGAAUAAUGAUAAAAACCUCUGUGCACCUUGUUGUCUUGGCCAGGUAAAACAAUUUGCUGUGAAGCGACAUUGCUCAUUCUUUGCACAUUUCUCUAGCGUGUUUGUCAAACACUUGAUAUUAUAGCGUCAUGAUAUCCAGUACAUACACUCAGUUACACACCAUACAUGUAUAUGUAUGGCCCUUAUAUAUGAUUCAUGUUUUAUAAAGUCGGUGUCAGUUUUCUUUCUCUGCAGAUUCAAAUUAUAUCUUUUUUUUUUAAAUAUUUGGUUUCCAAGCUUCUUCAGUGUAGUUCAUACUCUGUGACAUGUUCGGAUGUCAUUUGUUCCUUGAAUUCUUGUUUCUGGUGUUUAUUUGUUACAUGCAUAUUGCUUAGAUAUGAAAAAAAAAAUUGCACUCUUCUUUCAAAAUGAAAGAAGCAAUCACAGCAUCUUGAUGUUUGGGAAAUGGAAAUGUGUAGAUAACCUGUGUAUAAACAUGACAUACAAUUAUACUUGUCGACCUGUGAAAUACAUCCACAUUUAUUUUCUUAGGAGGAAUACAUCUAACACAUCAUCAUAUUCCCUGACGUCCUUUAAAACCUGGAAGAAAAUAUCCCCAGUAUUUGUGUAUUCAUUUCAAAUUUUAAUUUCCUCACUGGGUAGCUGAUGUUUGGAUUAAGUAGGGGUUUUUAAUUUUUUUUUUUUUUUAAUUUCAAAUUACUAUUUUCUGCUUACACUGCAUAUUUUUAUUUAAAAAGUUUUCAAUUUUAUAAUGUUAAUGUACAUAUCCGCCUCUUCUCAUCCUAAAAGAUUUCUGUAGUGUGUUAUUCCUCCUGCAGACAAGGAAUGGCAUGUACAUCAGCAGUCCUUUGUUUAUUUUCAAAGUCUCCCAAAGUGUUGCUACACAAAUAUCAGUAUGAGCAAGAUUUGUUUUUCCAGUUGUUUUUUUUUUUUUUAAUUCGGUAUAACAUGGCUUUUGUAGACUCUCCUUUGUCAAGGUUUAAGUUGUAUUUUUGGUUUAUGCUAGGCAGAAUUGCGAGAUUAGAUUUGAAUAGCAGUUUAAACUGAUUAUAAUGUUAGUAUUUGUAGAUAAUUUAUAAUUUGCAAUCUUUUAAUCUUCUGUUUAUGCACUUAAGAAAAGAACUGUUAGAUAUUCAUAUAGAAUCAAAAUUUGUCAAGGUAGAAUAUCUUUAUUGUGUUCAUAUGUAAAUUUCGUGUGAAACGGUGAUCAGGCAGGGUCACAUUAUGUAAAUUUAGUGUGAAACAGUGAUCAAGCAGGGGUCACAUUAUGUAAAUUUAGUGUGAAACGGUGACCAAGCAGGGGUCACAUUAUGUAAAUUUAGUGUGAAACGGUGACCAAGCAGGGGUCACAUUCUUGUUAGAAUUUUUCAUCCAUUGUGUUUUGGGGGAUUUCAGUUAUUUUAUUUUAUUUGAAAAGGGAAGAAUCAAAUAAAAUGAUAAUUAGAGGA